AUGGAGAAAUCUGUGCAAGCGCGAACACUGAACAAGUGGCCCUGUUGGGUUUGUUUUGUACCACCAUGUAGAUUUUCAGAUUUGUCAGACGAGAAGUUGUAUUUAGCAUAUACGCAACGACAACGACAACGUGCUGUACUUCGACUACUUGCAACCGGCGUACUGUUCCAGACCUUUGCAGCACUCGUACCAGGAGAAAGAGAUCUUCAUUUCGCUUACGCUUUGAUGGCAGUAGCCCUCGUGGUCAAUCUGUUACUGGCCGCGAUAUACGUUUUUAUUAGCCGUGCACGAUCAGCAUUGAACCAUGUCGCCUGGUUUGUUUUGUGGACACAACUUUUAGUGAGCGCUUCUCGACGUCUUGGAGACUCUUACAAUGAGUUACUCGGCUGGGCAGUUGUGCUGCAAUAUUUCACUCUUGCAACAUUACCAUUUCAUUAUAUACUUCUAAUUUUCUACAGCGCAUUAUCAUUCGUUGCAUAUUUAGCGGUUCAAUAUUACAAUGCUUCUACAGCAGAAAGUAUACUUGCCGACGAUUUCUAUCUACAGCAAAUAGCAAACGGUUGCCUCUUAUUAGGAGCAACAUUGUUGGGAGGCACUGCUUAUACUGUUAGUGAAAAGCAACAGCGUUCUUCUUUCCAAGAGACCAAACGAAGCUUACGAGAUAAAUUAACAAUUGAACAACAAAGCAAAGAACAAGAAAGAUUACUACUAUCGGUACUUCCAGAGCAUGUUGCUGUACAAAUGCGCCAAGAUUUAGGCCUUAUUGACACACAAUUCAAAAAGAUCUACAUGUCACGACACGAAAAUGUUAGCAUCCUGUAUGCUGACAUCGUGGGUUUUACAGCGAUCUCUUCAACUUAUUCAGCGCAAGACCUCGUUGCUAUUUUAAAUGAACUCUUUGCACGAUUUGAUCGACUAGCUGAGAAAUAUCAGCAGCUGCGCAUAAAAAUUUUGGGAGAUUGUUACUACUGCAUCAGCGGUGCUCCCGUGGAGCGACCCGAUCAUGCUGUCCUCUGUGUACACAUGGGUCUGUCAAUGGUUAAAGCAAUUAAAUAUGUUCAACAAAAAACGAAUUCGCCCGUGGACAUGCGGGUGGGUAUCCACACGGGUGCAGUGCUUGCGGGAGUGUUGGGACAGCGGCAGUGGCAGUUCGAUGUCUACUCGCGCGAUGUGGAACUUGCAAACAAAAUGGAAAGCAGUGGAAUGGCUGGACGCGUGCAUGUGUCGGAGGUGACUUUGAGUUUCUUGAAUGAUGAGUUCGAAGUGGAGCCCGCGCAUGGUGAGCGUCGCGAGGAAAUGUUGAGACAAGCAGGUGUCAAGACCUACUUCAUUGUUCGCGUUCUCAAGCCGUAUCAGGGCGGCGACGAGAAAUGUGCUCAGGAGGGCGAGGCAGGCGAGGCAGGGGACGCAGCCGACGCGCUUUCCGACCUCAAAGACGACGAUGAGGAUUCUGUACUAUCACCGCAAGACGAGAGCAAGGACAAUGAGGAAGAGAAAAUUCUCUCUAUGUUAGAAGAAGAGCUCGUCAACAGAGACGACGACAAGGAGCUAGCGGACGCGACGACCAUGUGUCUGACGUUCAAAGCGAGCGGCGCGGAGGCGGUGUACGCGCGCAGAAGCGACCCGUGCCCGCUGACGGCGGUGGCGCCACCGCUACUGCUGUUGCCAACAGUGGUGGCGCUGGCCAGCUUCGCCGUGCCCUCGACCUGGUCUCUCCACGCUGUGUACCUCGCCCUCGUACUCGAAACCGGCCUCAUUAACGUUGUCUACUACGCCUUUUACAGAUACGCACAGUAUAAGAAAAAAACAAUAUCACCAUAUUGGAAAUUAACUUGCGGCAUAUUUAACAUAGCAAUGUUCGUUGCUGCAAAUAUUGCCCCUUUGGUAAUUUGCGGCAGUUUUGAGACGUUAUUAGAAGAGGAUUUACGAGACGAUGUACCCUCUCACAGCGGAGCUCGACGUUGUAUACAUCCAUCUUACUACUAUCACAUAGGCGCGGGCGCGCUGUGCGGCGCGCUGUGGGUGUCCCCGCUGGGCGGAGGCGCGCGCGCGGCGCUGCUGCUGGCGCUGGCGGCGGCGCACGCGCUGCCCGCCGCGCUGCACCCCGCGCUGCUCGCCUCGCGCCCCACACUCGACCGCGACCCCUUCCGCCUGCCCUACAACGCCACCUCCGACUACGACGAGGCGCUCUACGACGUCCUCUCUCAGAUCCACACCGGGAGACACAUCGUGAUGCUGUUCAUCGUGGCGGUGGCGCUACUCGUGUAUAACAGAUACAGUGAGUCGCUAGAGCGCGCGCGGCACUCGCGCGGUGAGCGCAUGCGCGCGCAGGCGGAGCAGGCGGGCGACCUGCGGCGCCGCAACCAGGCGCUCGUGCACAACGUGCUGCCGCCGCACGUGGCGCGGCACUUCAUGGGCGCGCGCCACCACCACGCCGACCUCUACAGCCAGAGCUACGCCGAGGUCGGCGUGCUCUUCGCCUCCAUGCCAAACUUCACAGAGUUCUACUCGGAGGAGACGGUGAACAAUCAAGGUCUAGAAUGUUUACGAUUUCUCAACGAAGUUAUAUCGGACUUCGACCUCCUGUUAGAAGACGCAAAAUUCAGCAAGGAUAUAAUAAAAAUUAAAACGAUUAGUUCUACUUAUAUGGCUGCGUCAGGCCUAAAUCCCACUCGACAGAUGCAGCCAUCCGAUGGUGUUCUGGUGAGAUGGGCGCACUUGGCCUGUUUGGUGGAGUUCGCCCUCGAACUGCAACGUGUGCUAGCAGCUAUCAACGAGCAAUCUUUCAACCACUUUGUACUGCGCAUGGGCGUCAAUCACGGACCCAUCACUGCCGGAGUCAUCGGCGCUAGAAAACCUCACUAUGACAUAUGGGGAAAUACAGUGAAUGUUGCUUCUCGCAUGGAGAGCACUGGCAAGGCUGGUUGUAUACAGGUAACGGAAGAGACUUGCCAAAUUCUACAAAAUUUCGGCUAUUAUUUCGAACAACGUGGGCUUGUGGCUGUUAAAGGAAAAGGGCAACUUAUGACGUAUUACUUACAAGGCAAACGCGAAGGAGGCACAAAUUUAACAGACAACCCAGUCAUGGAUGAUCAGUGUGAAUCAAGUGUAAGAGAUGCUUUACUAGCGAACGGUGAACCUAACGCCGCUUCACGAUCUCCGCAGCAGCAGCACAAUCGAGGAGACUCUUCACAUCCACUGUUGCCUACAUAG